CGCUCUAACAGAGGGGUCUCUGGGUGCAGCCAUAGGAAGGAGCUCAUUAGCAUUUCUUGGAGUAAACGCAUCUUCGUCAUCAGGACUUGUUUAUUUUAAUCCGAGGAUUCGCGUCAUUACGAGCCGCGCGCGCAUUCCUCAGCAGGAUUUGCGCACCACCAAACAAAAUUGCAUUUUUUUUUUCAUGUCCACGAGAGCGAUGUUUUAAUUUUGCUGCCCACGAGACGAGCUUUCAGAGUCAUGCACGAGCGGCUACUGGCGGAUCGUUUCAUCUGAGAUUCAAAAAAUGGAACAACAGCAGCUCUCCAAGCCGGAGUGCAGAAACAUGGAUGCGUGUCUGAGGAGGCUGAAACAAGAGCUGGUGUCUAUGAAAGAAGCUGGAGAUGGCCUUCACGCUCAGAUGAAUUCAAUGAUGGGAGCCCUACAGGAACUCAAGCUUCUUCAAGUCCAGACAGCACUAGAGAGCCUAGACAUUUCCGGUCGACCCAUCAACCGAGGAAUCCCACAUCCUCCUGCUCCACCAGCUCCUCCUGAACCAUCAGCUACGACGGUUUUGACCUCAAGCAACAAUUGCAGUUCCGGUUUCAGCCAAACCAUGCCCGAGGUUCCCAGUCCAAGUCCAAUGCAAAGUCCAGUGCCAUCACUAGAGAGCAGAAACACGUUCAGUCGAAGUGAAAGGAACUUGUCCCGAAACAGAAGCAGCAUGGGUACUUCGUCUUCCUCAGCAACCAGCCUCGAAAGUGAAAGCGAGUCGAGUGAAAGGAGCACGAGAAGUGAUAACAACCUUGAGUCUAUACCUAAAAGAUGGUCAGGGUACACUGCCCCGCAGGUGGAUUUUUACGGACCAAUGGUUGGGAACCCUCCACCAGAGCCCUACCCUCAUCAACCGGCUCCCCAUCGUGGCCAGGUGGUUGACCUGCCUGGAAUCCUUUACAGUCUCUCCAGAGAGGGCCCUUCAUUGGACAGCGACUACUCCCAAGAAAGCACAGAUGACGGGAGCGACUGGACGUCUUCACUCAUGAGCCGCAGUCGCAACCGUCAGCCCUUAGUCCUCGGCGACAACGUCUUCGCUGACCUCGUUGGCAACUGGCUUGACUUGCCUGAGGUGGAGAGGGAAGACAUGGAGGAGGACGACAGGAGGAAAAGGACAGUUGAUGGAGGGGCAGACAGACCGGACACCCCGGCACAUCCUCUUCAUAACAGUCGCUCACAAGAGAUCUGCAGGAAGUUCUCAUUAACCACAAACAUCUUCAAGAAGUUCCUGCGCAGCGUCCGGCCUGACAGGGACAAGCUCCUGAAAGAAAGGCCAGGCUGGAUGGCUCCUGAAGUGUCGGAAGGCGACCUUGUGAAGCGACCUAAGAAACUGGUUCCAAAAAAUUCAAAAGGCAGCUUCUACCUGCCUUUUUGGGCAAACGGACAACAGAGCAAAGGCAAGAUGUGUCCGCAUCUAGCCGAAGAAGAGAGGAACCACCACCAACACCACUUCACCCAGGUCCACCAACAGCCAUUCGGUGGGAUUUACAUAGACAGGAGACACCAAGAGACUGGACUUGAGAAAAUGCAGCCCUUGUUUGACUACAACACAGCUGUGUGGGUCUGACAGUGAGUCCUACAGACUGCCAGGGAUGCCAGGCUGAGUGAAUGACAGGUGCAGGGGGAUUUAGUGCUGGAUGGGGGCAUGAAUGAGUGAUUGAACCAAAUGAUAGGCUUGGACAAAUAUGCUCCAAACAUGAACCAAUGAACUUCAUACCCCGACAAAAUUAUCAGGGCGUCAUUUUGUCCGACAAUCCAAAAAAAAACCUGAACCUCGUUUGUUGCGUGUCUGGGAUUGUGAGCAAGUGAGACGAUGCUACAGGAAAGCUUUUUUGUGGACCUAUGCUGCAAGUUUUGUAUUACUCUUAUUCUUCCCAUUUGUGUGUGCAUGUACAUGUAUGACUGCUUCUCUGGAUGUCUUAAAGACGGUACUUUGAAAUGUUUCUCAGAAUGUCACCAUCACCACCAGAUCUUUAAAAAAUAACCACAAACUUCUUCACUUCCAAACUACGGGGCAUACUCUUGAGUAUUUCACUCCUUUGCAUCUAUGAAUGGAAACACCAACUGUUGGAUUGCAUGGUUUCUGUUUUUAUAAGCGAUUCUACAAACAGCUGUUACUGAACGCACUGCCACUAGAUUCAGCUAUAAGCUUCCUUUUGUUUCCAGUGGGCCUUGACGCCUUGGAAACUCAGGUUUUUACUUCAUCUGUUGGUCUCAUUCACCUUUCUCAGGGAGUGAAUGUAUCACAGGAGGAAACUAUGAGACACUUCCACAUUUUAAUGGGUUUUAAUACAGUUUAAAGAAGCCUCACGUCAUCGCAUCUUAGCAGCAAUACAGUGCAUGACUAGUUCAAAGAUUGCACAUUAAACUUCCCUCGUAAUCAGCUAGUUUUGCUAGCUAUCCUGGAAAUAGUCAUUUUUCUCUGCCAUGUAGGCGUGGCACAUGUUGAGUCAACUGUCAGUCCUCCUGGCUUGUUAGGCAGAAAGAGGAGGGGUAAAGAUGGCACAGGAAAUACUGACUGACUGACCGCCAUCUGCUACCGGGUCAUUAUGUAAAGCUUGGUCGUCACAGACUCAAAAAGAUGCAAAAACUGGCUUGUUUAAUCCAGAAGCUCUGCGGAUUAUGAUGAUGGUGUUACAUACUGUAUAUAGACACACAGGUGAAUACAUAACAGGGCUGUGACAGUGACAAGAGACAAAACGGAGGUAAAGACCUGUAAUUUCUAUCAGACAGGCUUGAGAGAAUGUACAGAGUAUUGUACAUAUUUGUCAUUGAUGUAACAGCAGCAAUAACACAUUUACUGUAAUAUCCCAUCGCAUGGUUUUCAUUAUUCUGCACAGAUAAAUGUCACAGUAAUAUUGCAGUUCAUACCAUGAAUCAUAACGGCAAUGCUACACUUGUAUUUAAAACACAAACUGAUGAGUUUAUCUCUUGACUUCUCUUGUUUCAUAAUGUGCAAUUUCAGUGUUUUUCAUUUCAAGCAGCAUUGAGGUAGUUUAUAAAAAAUACAGCUUCUUUCACAAAUUCACAUUAAUAUAAAAUUCCCUCAGGAUUACUAACAAUACUGCCCGCAUUGACUCGAUGUACUUUGAUAUAUAGAGGACCACUGAUAUGCAAAGACAAUCGAAUACACCAACUUUAAUUGUUAUUAAAAAAAUGUUAAUUUCACUCCGUUUUCUUCAGGAUCCCAGACCAAUCAACUUAGCCAGCAGGGAUUAGGCCUCAGGUCUUUUGAGUGUCUUGGCCAGUCCAUCCAUAUGGUGUUGUCUCAGUAUUCAGGUCAAUACAUACCACACACUCAGAGGGUCUAACAAACACAACACAAAGACAGUGUCUAUUGAGAUGGUCAGGACGCACAGUCUGAGAUGUCAUAUCACACAAUCUGUGUAUGUAAAUGUAACAAUUAUCUCUUCCUAUUUACAGUUGUCCGAGUGUGUUUUCAGCACUGUUGUUGAUAUUUUUCAUCAGGGUUCUGAGAACCUUCAGUAGUGAUUUUGUGUCAUGUGAACUGUAACACUGUCACUGACUCUUUGUAAAUUAAAUUUGUUUUCAGAAUGGAUUGUUUCUCA